AUGGCCAAAGAAGAAGCCCAACGUGCACAGAUGAAACCAGAAGCAACGGGCACUGGUUCAGAAGCAACGGGAAAAAACAAGAAAACAAGGAGAAUUAGGAGAAAUUCGGAUGGAGCAAUAGCAGAAGCUAGAGCAGUACGCAAGGAACCACUGUUCAUGCUCUGCAUUCGUGAUCAGACAGGCGGUUUAACGAAACAAGUUGUUCAUGCGGCCUUGAAUUACAGUAGAGCCGAAUAUUUUUGUCGAAGAAAAUUUUUGCGUAUUUUUCAGAAUGACAGUGGUGCCCGGUUGGCGAAAGCACUCACCAGACAGCUGGAACUGGAUAAUCAACAAUGUCGUGUACUUCGCAACUGCAUUGAGGAGGAACUGAAAACCCGCCUCAAAAUAUCCUGA